AUGUCAGAUAGCGAAAAUGAAUAAUAAAAAAAGGUUGUCCUCCCUUAAAUAAUAAUGAAUGUCUAUGACACUCAAUAUUAAGUGGUUCGUUAUGUGGGAUAAGAAAUACUCAAAUGGAAGUUGAUUUCAGAACCAGAAUCAUGGGAUUGGGAUGUUUAUUGGACUGAUUCUGGAGUCCACGCAGAAAUGCUGAGCAAAAUGAAAUAGCAUUAAAAAGUUAAUCAUUUUCCAGGGAUGUACAUAUUGGCCAGAAAAAAUAAUCUGGGGAAAUAAUUAACUAAAAUGCGUCGACGAUUUCCUAAGGAAUUCAAAUUCUUUCCUUUUACAUGGAUGCUCCCUUCUGAUUCUUAAGACUUAAGGGAAUAUAUGAAGGGAAAGGGAAGAGAUGAGAUUUUAAUAGUUAAGCCUGAAGCAUCUUGUUAAGGGAGAGGUAUUUUCUUAACUAAAUCUCUUGACUUCAUCAGUCCAACAGAGAAAUACGUAGUGUAAAAGUAUUUGGGUGAACCCUUUUUAAUUGACGGUUUGAAAUUUGAUUUUAGAAUAUAUGUUCUCGUCGCUGGAUGCGAUCCUUUGAGAAUAUUUAUAUACACUGAAGGAUUGGCAAGAUUUGCAACUGAAAAGUACUUGCCUCCCCAUCCUUCAAAUUUUGACGAUCUUUGUAUGCACUUGACUAAUUAUGCUAUUAACAAAAAUAACGAAAACUUUGUAUUUAAUGAAGAUGUCUAGAGAAUGGAUAUUGGACACAAGAGAAGUAUGUCAAGUGUUUUUGAAAAAUUAAAAUAGGAAGGCAGAGAUAUUGAUCAACUGUGGAUGGAUAUCAAAUAAAUCAUAAUAAAAACUCUUUGUUCUGCUCAACCUUUUCUUAAACAUCAAUAUACCACUAGUCAACCUAAUAAUCUUAUGAAUAAUAUGUGUUUUGAAAUCUUGGGAUUUGAUAUUAUUUUGGACAAUUCCUUCACACCUAUUUUAUUAGAAAUCAAUCAUAGUCCUUCAUUUACUACAGACUCUCCUUUAGAUCAAUACAUCAAGGCUAAUUUGAUUGAAGACUCACUAGUGUUGAUGAAUGUAAACAGGGAAGAGAAAUACAGACUGAUAUAGGAGAAGCACCAAGAAAUGCAAAAACGUAUUUUAACAGGGAGAAAUAUCAAAAUGACAUAAGAGGAUAGAAAGGCCAUUGUUGAAUAAUAUCAAUUGAUUCGAGAUGCCUAUGAGGAUGAACAUCUAGGGGGAUUUGAGAAGAUUUAUCCAUGCGAUGAGGAGUAUGAGACAGAUUAUUAUACUUAAUUUCUGAAUUAUGCUAGUGACAUCUUUGAAGAAUCAACGGAUCUAAUUGCCUCCAAGUAGAAAAAUAACUGGAAGUCCAUAAAAAUCAAUAAAACAUGA